AUGAACAAACAAAAGUGUAUCUUUGAGGGCUCAAGCAUCCAUGGAAACACCCUGAGGGUUUAUUUGAAAGGAGAUGGCGAUUUAUCGUCGUCGUUUGUGAUGGAGCAUUCCAGCAAUGCAGCAUGUGGUUCCUUUGCAUUCAUCGCGCCGUGCAUUCUUGCAGUUACUUUUGUUCUUUAUAACGUUAGUAUCACUAACUAUUUUGGCAUUUUAUACAACGGCAGAAAAGAUCGUUUAUUGUUAAUAACUAAUCUGCCUAAAAAAAUUAAUUUUAUGCGUUGUCUUUUUUUUCAUGUUGCUCGUUAUUUUUGAGGGAGGGAGGGGGGGGCGGCGAUAAGAGGGGUUGGAUGUGGCUUUCUAGGAACCCAGAGCAGGAGUUUUCUCGUAUAAACUGUGAUAGGGUGGUGUGAAAACUUUUUUUAAUUUUAUCUUGAAAUUUGCAAUCCAUGGAUUUUUUCUAUUUUUUUAUAGUUAUUGACUUUAUUUUGAGCUGCUCCAAACCAAGUCAUUGACUUCAUUCAAGUAAUGCAUCAGUCAAUUUCAGCAUUUGCCUGCCUUGUCAGUCCCAGUGCAGCUGGAAUUGACUGUUUGGUUAAGGACUGUUAUACAAGCACUUAGUAGGGUAAUAAAGUAAUAAUUAUUAGUAAGUAAUGUAUCAAACAUGAGAUGCAGUGUUUCAUCACCAGAUGAAACACCGAGAAGAGAGUUGAAAAUACGACGCGCAGCGGAGUAUUUUUGACGAACUUCGAGGUGUUUCAUCUGGUGAUGAAACACUAUGUCGAAUGUUUGAUAUUUCUUCUCAAACAAAAUCAUUUUUGAAGGAGAAAUUAAGGAUGCAAAUACUAAGCAGUGUUUCAUCCGAUUUCCAAACACUCAUUAAACAUUAAUUUCCUUUGUAUUUUCUUAAUGAAUUAUUAAUGAGUUUGAGAAGCAUAUUUCUUAAAGGGGGGAUAGGGAAAGGUAGCCUGCGCCACAGACGAAACUUAACUCUGGUUAAGUUCAUCUGCAAACAGUGCCAAAGUUCUUGUUUGGGCUCCCUGCUGUGUACCAGGAUUUGAGUACAUGCCAUGAUUGGCCUGUUAAAAAAGCCAUUGUCGAUUUGCCAAUCAGGAUGAAAGGAAAUUCAAAAUGCCCCUCCAGUAAUUUGUUUGUUGGUUGCGCAGAACAUAGCCUGUGAAAACAUCUGUUUCUCCUCGCUUUUCGCCGCUGGGGACUUUUCGCGCAGAAAAACGUCUGUGACUCAGUGGCAGAAAUUCCCUCCUGAUGACGCAAAUUAAUGUUUACAUAAUAAAUCUGGCAGUCAUGGGGUUUUAAAUAUAAAUUUGUCCAAUUUUGCGUUUCUUCUGGUCAAUUUUGGUAAAGUAUUGUGUUCAUCUGCCCACGAGCUCCAGCAAAAACUCAAAUGUUUCUUCUAGAGAAGACUAUAUUCCACAAAUAUGGACUGUUUUGUUAGAUAUUCUUUGCAUUUACAUUUGACCUUUGUGACCUUUUGUCUCUUGUCUGUCAUUCGUAAACAAUAGCUAAAACAAUGUAACUACUCCGUCAACCAAUCAGCGCUUCUGACCGGAUUCCGGACAGAUUUUACGUCAUCAGUAUGGAAUUUCUGUCGUUGAGUCACAGACGUUCCUCCGCGCGAAACAUCCCCAGCGGCGAAGAGCGAGGAGAAACAGAUGUUUUCGCAGGCUACGUAGAACAAGGAUCUUGGUUCUGCUUUGCAGACGUUACUAUCUGAGGUUAAAUUACUUCUGUGACACAAGCUAGGGGAAGGGAAGAUAAGACCGCUUUUAUUAAAGAGUGACUGCAGUCGAAUAAAGGAACGAGAAAUGAACCUGUGUAAAAAUAAAAUAAUGAAUUUGUACAUAUUGAAAUUAUUAUAUUAUUUUAAGAACUGCGGGUUGAGGAAUUAAACAUAAAGAAGAUUGUGUGGGGUAAAACUUGAUGACUUUGAUAGAUUUACACUCAAAUUCUCCUGACUGAUCUCCAUACAUAUCUAUAAAGAGUAAGUUGGAAGAAUUUGGUAAAGGAUCAAAGCUUUCCCUUUGUUGAUUAUAUACGAUAUUGUCAGGAGAAAUUUGAUGUUGGUCACUCUUGGUCUGAUUUAAAGGGCUGACCGGUUUGUGGUUGGCCUGUUAGCUCAGGAAGAGGUCAAAUCCCAGGCUUUCCUUUUUUGAUUAUAACUUCUUUACAUUUAAACAAUCCUGCAGUUCUAACAUUUUCAUAUAUUCAGUAUUUAUGUGUAUUAUUCUUCUCUUUACAGGAACUUUUAACUUUUACAAUAACCGGCUGUCUAGCUUGGACAGUCGUACUCAUUACCAUUGCCUGUGUUAAACUGCUGUGUUUCAAUGUCUGCAGAGGUUAGUUAAACCUGCAAAUUGAGUGAGAUUUCUAUUACUACAGUAGAGGUUCCAAUCUUUCUUAACCCUAAGUUAGUUUUUGAAAACCUAAUAACAAAACUGGGAUCAUAUAUCUUUUGGGGGGUGUCAAUCGAUGUAUCGACCGAUAUCUCAGUCGACUGUCUGUCAGUGAGAUUUCUAUUACUACAGUAGAGGUUCCAAUCUUUCUUAACCCUAAGUUAGUUUUCAAAAACCUAAUAACAAAACUGGGAUCAUAUAUCUUUUGGGGGGUGUCAAUCGAUGUAUCGACCAAUAUCUCAGUCGACUGUCUGUCAACAUAACAGUCGCCAUGUCAGUUGAGAGUCAACGCAGUAACAGCUGAGUGUUGGUCGAGAGUCGGUCAAGUUGCGACUGAUAUGUUGGCAACACUCAGCCGCUACAGUCUACUGGUGGAUAGUCGGUCGAUAGUCAGCCGAUACUUUGCUGACUGAUCACCAACAGAUUGCUGACAUGUCACCAACACUUGGCCUACGUACUGGCCAAUACCUUGGUUGAUUUGUCGGUUGAUACAUCUGUCAUGUGGCGGUCUAGUGUCGGCUGGCUGUCGGUCUAGAGUCGGCAGCAUCUUAACUGAUAUGUGGCCAGUACUUGACUGCUACAGUCUAUCGGUCAAUAGUCGGCCAAUAGUCGGCUGUUACUUUGCCAAUGGAUCAUCAACAGAUCACUGACGUAUUACCAACACUUGGUUGAUGUAACGGCCUAUACCUAGGUUGACUCAGUCAAUAUAUUGGUCAAUACUCGACUGACAGUAAAAAAUCACUUGGCCCAUAUAUCCACCGACUCUAGGCGAUGCCGGUUGUUGACCGAUACACCACUAAUACCCUAGUGAUACUUGACCAACGAUUCACUAAUACAUUGCUGACACACUACUGAUGCUAUCUCGACUGACUGUCGGUCAAUCUGUCGACCGAUACUCGACCAACAGGAAAGUGUCACUUGGCUUAUAUAUCAUCUGACUCUCGACCAAGUGUGUUGGUCGAUACUCGGUCGACUCUCAACAGGCGUAGUGGCCGAUAUGUUGAUCGAUAUCUCGGUCGAUACUUCGAUCCACACCCCGCAAAAGAUACAUGAUGAUAAUACUGACCUACCCGGCUCAGGUUGUAAUGUGUUACUUCUUUUUUCUUAAAAACCUCCAAAAUUUCCUUUACCUUGAAGGUUGGAAAAUGGGAGAACUGUAUUGUAAGUACAUGUACUAGUUUGUGCUCCAAGAAAAUUGUAGGGAGCCCACAGGAUCAAACUGACAAAGGCUUUGGAUCUAUGAUGACCAUUAUGAUAUUAAACUCCUCUGCAAAAGCGAACAUUUUGUUGCCUGCUAACAAUCCAAAAAAUUACAUUUGUAAUAAAGUACAUUGCUUGGGGCCACUAAGUUUAGAUAUAACACAGGCCUGAAGUAGCACAGUGUGCCAAAACCACUGAAAAGCCAAUAGCUAUAUACUAGAUACUUUAUCAGAGGUUGUUAUAGGGAAACAACAAAAACGAAAGGUUACUCUGAUGUGAACUCUCUUCCCACAGAGUCUGUGUUGGUUGUAAAAGAUCUUGGGAUCCAGUUAACUAGAAUAGGUGCAUUUGGGCUACAAACAAGUCAGUUUAUUGAACAACAUAGAGUUGUUGAUGUGAUAAUUAAUGAAGUCAUCACCAUGGUAUGUACAAUAUUAUUUAUGUCUCAGUCAUUAAAUAAUACAAUCUCUGUAGAAUUAAAAUCCUCAUGUUUUGACCCAGAAAAUAUCCAAAAUAACUUGUAACGAUACUAGGGCCUAUAUUUCCACAAAAUCAAUGACGUAUGUACUAUAAAUACAGAGAUGCCAACCUCUGGAGAUCUAAAAUGUGAAGUUUCUCUCUUUUGUGUUAUCCCCCCAAAAAAAAAAAAAAAAACCAAGCCCCCCUCACUAGCACUAUCCCCCCACCACCAACGAUUAAGCACAAAUCAACCCAGUCUGCAAAUUAUAAUGGGAAUGACUUAAGAAUUUAUAUGAAGUCUUACAUAAGGCACAGACCAUCCAAAUUUGCUUUUAUGGUUGUAUAUAAGGACAAAAUAAUCAGUGAGUGCAAUCAUGCCCCCAAAACCGUACUACGAAUAAAGAAAAUUAUGAAUUUUGGGGCAACAUGGGCUUAAUUCCAAACUAAAGCAGAGUAAAGCUCAAAAGUUUAUUAAUUUUUAUCCGAGAGAUUUGGAACCUGAUGGGAGAUUAGGAGAUGCAUGAUAAAUUAAAGAAAAACUCCACCUGAAAAUAGUACCGGUAAUGGACUAUUGUCUACACAAAUGUAGGUCUGAGUGAAUGACACACCAAAGGGAUAGGUUUAAAAAUGUGACAACUUUAAAGCUCUUCUAUAACAGUUGAUUUAAAAAACUAUUUAAAAAGCAUUAAACUUUAAACAUUAAUUUAUUUUGUUUUUUUUUAUAUGAAUUAUUGAUGAGUUUUUGAAUGAUUUAUUCCUCACCAUGCCUGAUCCACUAAAUAAUCAAUAAAGGGUGGGUUCAAUUGGGAAAUCUGGAUGUAGAUUUUAAAAUCUGGAUUUUGGAUUUGCAAUUAAACGCAAAAUCCGAAAAUGGAUUUCAACACUGAGAUCAUGCUGAGAUAUCUGUUUACGGAUUUUCUUUUUACUGUUCGAUUGGGAAAUCUGAAAAAGGAUUUGAAAAACUAUCCUUAAGAACAGCGGACUUGCAUGAUCAUGCAUAAUUAGCAAAAAGAAGACUGCUGUUCACGAGAAUAGUUUUGCAAAUCCUUUUUCGGAUUUCCCAAUCUAAUGGUAAAAAGAAAAUCCAUGAAAUACGGAUUUGCAUUUCUUAAUUGAAAUCCACCCUGAGGAUGGAUGUCUCGGAGGUGAAAUCCGUUUUUGGAUAUCUGGGUUUCAAAAUCUAAAUCUGGAUUUCCCAAUCAAAUGCAACCAAAGUCACUAUAGUAGCAAAAAUCUCAAAAGUCUCAGUGUUAGUUUGAAAAAAAAAAUGUUUAAACCUCAGUUGGUAAAAUAUUUAAAAUAACAUGUCAUAAACUACCAGUGCCUACAGUUUUAGAAAAGUCUGGGUGUACAUGCCAUUAUAAGGUGGAUGUGUACACAUCAUAGUAUACCAUAAAAAGAUGUAGUGUAAAAGUAUCUUGAGUUCUCAAAAUUGUUCAGUGUGAAAUUAUAGUUAUUAUUUUAUGUUUACAGCACCAAGUUGUGUUUUAUUUGAUGCUGCUGACACAUGAUCAUGAAACACAAGAUAAAUUAUCAGAGAAAAAUCAGCAACUUGUCCCACUUUUCACGGUAACUAUCAUUAUUAAGUUAUAGAUGAGUACUCUUUGGUUUUUAGAUAGUGGGUAGCAAGAAAAGUACACAUUUGCCAAGUUAGCUAUAAUAAUCUUAUAUAUUUUAAUAUCUCUCAUCAGUCUCAAUCUCAUAUUUUAAAGUUCACACUUGUAAGCCACACGACCCACACUAACAGUCAGGUACUACUCAGGUUGCUAUUACAGUAUUAAACUGGGUUAAGACAUUUCCAGGACAUUGGUGGCAUUGUUAAAUGCAAUGUUUUAGAGAGUAGUGAUUGUUAUAGCAGAGGUCUUAACUAGAUGCUAAAAGCUAAACUACACAAUAACUACGCAGAGUGCAUAGUGUUACCUGCAAGCCCUAUCUGUAUAAUCUUAUAAAUUGCCAUAAAAAGUAAUGUAUGAUCUAAUGAAAUACUAAAGUGAACAAAUCUACACUUUAACUUAACUACACAAAAUAAUAAUAUAAAGGAGCUCUUUAAUUUUAGUUGCCUCUUAUUGUUAUCAUUAAAUUAUUAUGAUGAUAAUUAUUAUUUGAUUGUUGUAAUUUUUUUAAAUUUGUAUUUCAGGCAUCAAUGCCUUGUCUAGAAACCAUCAAACCAAUAUAUCAUGACAUGAAGAAGAUACUUGAAACAAGAUAAACAAUAUUAUAGCAGGGUUUAAUUUCUUGACUGAUAUGCAUAAUAAGAGUACAAAAUUAAAGGUGGCUAACAGACUAUAGUGGCUAACCUACCAGAAGUCAUAGCACAUAGCACUAGUGUUCCAUCCUGAGAAAAGGGUUGAACUAAAAACAUGUGUGACAAAUGACAAACAAAUGUGAAUUAUCUACUUUGCAUAGCUGGGUGGACUGCUUUGUGAUUGUAUAGUGACUAGUCAGGGGCACCCAACGACAAUUUUCGGAAAAAUAUCUGUUCGGAAGACGAUUUGAGAUCUAGAAUUUUCGGAUCAUUUGUUGUAAAAUUUCUUGCUUGCCUGCUUCUCCUAGGAUUUUCGAACAUCUAAAAAAUGGUAAAAUUGACUAUUUUUAACGAAUUUUUACCCUAAAAAGGUCACCUAGAAUUUUCGGCAGCCUUUUUUCUGGCUGAAAUUUUCGAAAAGGUAAGUUUUGAUCCUAUAAUUUUCGGGUCACUAGACUUUCAUUUAGGAAAUCCGAACAGAUGAAAAGUUUUUAGGGGAUAAAAAUAUGCCUAUAUCUACCGUUUGAAUACUAAAAUACGUUCAACAGUGCUAUGUUAAGUGGUUUUGAACUAUAUCCUCGUUGGGUGCUCCUGCUGAAGGCAAUGGCAUAAAAGUGGUAAGAACAAGAACAGUAACCAAAUGCGUGGUGCCUUGGUUCGGGUCUGUGCAACCGGAAUGUACCGUUCCAUUGGGCACGUGGAAUUUCCGAAAUUUCGAACGGGAAUUUUUGUUGAAUGAAAAGAGCCCAAAGAGUUACAUAUAAAGUUACAGAAGUAUAAUAUGGGACAUAUUUUAUAUUCUAAUAUUGUAUUAUUUAUUAUGCAUAACAUUGAUUAAAAUACAGCAACAUUAAACAUGACUUAACAGUCCAAAUCCUAAAGAGAUCUACUAACAGUAACUUUGUUAAAACGGCC